AUGGAAGUUUGUGUCAAAGUACAUCCACGAGGAAUCUUUCCAUUGCCUUCUAAAGAUUGCAAAUCAGUCUGUGAGAUUAACACGAAACGAUCACGAGACGCAGUACAGAGUGGUGGCUCUGUGGAACUCGACAAAGUACUCAAAGACACGCCAGACCGCACAUCGAGUGAAGAUGAACAACAGCAUCGCACAGAUUCUGGCAUUAUUCAAGCAGAUGAUGGUCGGUCCUCGAUGGUGCCGGUGAAGGUGAUGGCAACGACAUCGUUGGUGGCACCAAGCGAUUACGUGAGCAGUCGACAAAGCAACGGAUCAAGCGCAGCUCAAGUGAUGGAGGAGGAAGAAAGUGCUCGACAGAGAUCCAAGAUGGGAUCUUCAAUUACAACAAUGAAGUCAAAUCUAACAACAUCUAAGCUAGUCAAGAAGUUGACUUCAGAAUCCCGACCCGACGAGAGGAGAAGGAAACGAAAGAUAAAUGACACGACUUCGUCUGUCAUCUCACAGACGUCGGCAAGAAUGCUAUUCCAGUGUUCUUCUAAGCUGCUAAAGUCACAAGCACUGGACUACGAUGUGCGUGCACGCGAGACGGCGGAGCGAAAUGCGAUGCUGGCAAAAGAAAUUAAGGAAUGGGAGACCAAAGUUUGCAAUCUGAAGUGUAAACUUCAGGAGUACGCCGACGAGCUGUCGCCAAACGAGCUGAAUGAUAUGACUGUGGUUAAGUCAGAUGCUGCUGUAUCCAGUGGAAACGCAAAAGCGUCGACAGCAAUUACGUCUGUUGCGGAUCCUGAAACAUUUGAGUCUUCAUUGCCCACUGCAGUUGUCGUAACCGAGGCAAAAGUUCGAGAAGAGCUGCAAAUGCGAUCACAGAAGUUGGAAAUGUUUCGCAGCAGCUUGCCUGGCUUCAUAGAUGAUGAAGCUUGA